UAAAUAUUUCCAUUGCAACCUAUUUUUUUUCCUUCCAAGGCUGCUUUAUUUCAGUAUGUUGAUGGGGAUACAUAGAAAUAAUCAAAUUUCAGCAAGUGAUUUCCAGCCUUCACCUCAAGGUCAGCUGCAAGUUGAGCCUAUGAGUUUUUUAUUCUGCAUUUGGAAAUAAAUUUUGUAUUCCGUCUUGUACUACUGUAGAUCUGCAAUUGCCUAGCUGGCUUAGGGAGAAACCCACAUUACCCAUUACUGAAUAGUUUUGAAAUACAUGAAAGAAAAUUAAUUUCAGCUCUAUCAGUUUCUAGAGACUCCUAGAUUUAUCUCCCUCCCUUCAAGAUUUAAGAUAGAUGCUCUCUUGGGGAUCUUUUCCUUUCUAAAAGUAGCAGUGCUAUUUCAAAUCCUUAAGCCCUGGAUAGCAUAAUGGCCAGUGGCCAAUUCAGCAUUAAAGGAAUUUUUGUUUGCAAUAUAAAGCUCAGAGAGGGACAUUGUUUAAAUCAGGAAAAGUUCUAGGGGUAGAAAUUGUUUCCACUAUGCUUGCUUGCUUGCUUUUUCUUUCUUUCUAUUUUUUUUUUUAUCUCAAAAAAUAAUAUCUGUCAGCCGGGUGGUGGUGGCGCACGCCUUUAAUCCCAGCACUCGGGAGGCAGAGACUGGCAGAUCUCUGGGAGUUCGAGGCCAGCCUGGUCUACAAGAGCUAGUUCCGGGACAGGUACCAAAGCUACAGAGAAACCCUGUCUCGAGAAACCAAAUAAUAAUAAUAAUAACAACAACAAUAUCUGUCCUGUCCAUGUUUCCCUGUGUAUAUUGUGUCAGAAUCUGACUCUCUCUCAGUCAUCCAUUUGGUGAGUAUCUAGUCUGUGUCACACUCUGUGGUGGCGACUGGGGCUAUAAAGGCAAAGUUCGUUGCCUGAAACAGUUUUCUGGAGAGGACAAGCUGAUGUAAAGAGUCCCGUGUCUUAGGGUUGCGUGGUGUGUAAGUUAUACACGGGAAAUGAGUUGGGAGGAGUGAAGAGAGACAGCUGUCACUCAGGGAGCCUUUCUCUGUAUGCUAACCCGUUCCUUUUACCUCUGCAAUCAUUUUUAGCAUAAAAAAAGAAAAAAGAUGAAUUGGGAGGAAAAUGUUUUUGAUUUCUCAGCUCUAUUUUGGUGGUCAGUAUUUAGCAAGCCUCCAAUCAGAUGAGGUACUUGGGAAAUCCCCAGUCAUAAUUCGUAAUCCCUUCACGCAUUACAAGUUCAAAUGACUAGGGAAGACCAUAAAAUAGACACAGUAAUAAAUGUUCUUACAUUAAUCAACGUGUUCCUACUGUGAACCUUUAAAUAUUGGUUUACAUCGUCAAUUAGGUGCUUUUGAUUAAUUGUGCAUGCUAUAUGGGGGGGGGGGGCGGGGGCUAGAAACCCAGCUGUUCAGACAUGUGGUUGAAAAUUGAAAAAUGGAAGCAGAGAGGAUUAAAGGACGGAAACUCCUCUUGUUCCAGGUCCUUCCCAAUGGCAGACAGCAAGCGUGAGAAGGAUGCCAUCUGUCAACCUCAGUAAUCCGGGCUGGCAUUUAUCUGCAACCCUGUUUCAGACCCAUGGUUUAUGAGAUACUGCAAAUUAAUGUCCUGUGAACUGCUGCCGAACAAAAGGCAUUACAGCAGUAGCUAGGAGUAAUGGCACAUGGAAGUCUAGGAGUUGAAUAGUGAUGCAGAUGAUACACAUGGCCCUUGGAUUCACUUCAUGCACCAAGAAAGCCUGUUCCUGUCGAGCACUGAAGCCAUAAGGGAUGCCACUGUAAAAAAUUAGUUACACAAUGAGGUGUUGCCACAUCUGCAAACUUCCUGGAAGAGUCAUGGGGAUCCGAGUGCUCCGUUUCUCCCUGGUGGUCAUCCUCGUGUUACUGCUCGUGGCUGGAGCUCUGACCAAUCUGCUCCCCACUGUCAAAGAGGACAAGAUGCUCGCCCUGCGCAGGGAAGCCAAACCCCAGGGCACACCCGCCCUGGACUCCUUCACUCUCAUCAUGCAGACGUACAACAGGACGGACCUCUUACUGAGACUCCUGAACCACUAUCAGGCGGUGCCAAAUCUGCACAAAGUGAUCGUGGUGUGGAACAACGUGGGCGAGAAGGGACCGGAGGAGUUAUGGAAUUCUCUCGGGCCGCACCCUGUCCCUGUCCUCUUCAAAACACAGACAGCCAACAAGAUGAGGAAUCGACUCCAGGUCUUCCCCGAGCUGGAGACCAACGCAGUAUUAAUGGUAGAUGACGACACACUCAUUAGUGCCCAGGACCUUGUUUUUGCUUUCUCAAUUUGGCAGCAAUUUCCUGAUCAGAUCGUAGGAUUUGUACCUAGAAAACACGUCGCCACUUCUUCCGGUAUCUACAGUUACGGGGGUUUUGAACUGCAGACACCGGGGCUUGGAAACGGUGACCAGUACUCCAUGGUGCUCAUCGGCGCCUCCUUCUUCAACAGCAAAUACCUGGACCUCUUUCAGAGACAGCCUGCAGCCGUCCACACACUGGUCGAUGAGACUCAGAACUGCGAUGAUAUUGCUAUGAAUUUCGUGGUCUCCAAGCACACUGGGAAGUCUUCAGGGAUAUUCGUGAAACCUAUAAACAUAAUCAAUCUGGAGAAAGAAACCAAUGGCUAUUCCGGAAUGUGGCAUCGGGCCGAGCACUUUCUGCAGAGAUCUUACUGCCUAAAUAAGCUCGUUCAUAUCUACGAUGGCAUGCCCUUAAAAUACUCCAACAUUAUGAUUUCCCAGUUUGGUUUUCCAUAUGCCAACCACAAAAGUAAAAUUUGAACGGGAAACAGUCAAAACCAAACCCGGAACACCGGUAGGUUUUUGAAUGGCUUCUCCAUGCUGUGUAAUUUUGGUUUUCAAGCAACGCCAUGAACUUUUUGUCUAGUCCACAAGUCUCUACAAUAGAAACAAAACAAAACAAGAAACAUAUGCAGUAUUUCUAGUAUAUAAACCACAUGGACUGCAAAAGCCAAGAAGCCUGUCUUACCCAGACAGGCCCGUUUGUGAAGAGCUUUUGUCCAAGGUUGUCACUCCUUGGUCCGUGAUAUUAUUGUUUACAUCUCGAGACUGCUCUCCAACUUGUUUGAGCGAGCCCUGGCAUCUGCCUUAAGGAUCUACAGCAAGCUACUUCCAGGACCAGACUCAAAAGAGACCCUUUCCAGCUUUGCAGUGAAGGUUGAUUGUUUUUAUCUGAAGCCUGAAAUGCUUCUUCAGCUAAUGCCUGCGGUAUAGGGAAAAGCCAUGUAAAGAGAGUGUAGUCUUGAACCCAUGUCAAGAACCAGGAAAAUUUCUAGUUGCCAGUGUCCCUUGUGGCCCUUCUAACCAGAAUUAACUGUGCCCGGCAUGGUUUUGACGAAGGUGUCAGUGCUGGUAAUUCUGCUGUUAAGCCUCUUGUGUCUGGAGUGGGGGGUGGGGGAGGUAAGUUUUCACGUCUGACCAGUCUAAUUGUUUGCUUGGUGUUUCUGUGAGCCUACCCUGCAUGGAUCACUACAAUGUGCAGCCAGCCCAUGUCUCUCAUAUGCAACCUGUAUGCAACAAGGAGUAAAUGUGUCGCUGCAAUCUGUCACUGUGUGUGACCAUGAGAAUGUACGUUCUUUCUUACAUUUUACAGAAUGUUUAAGAAAGAGUAUUAAAGAACUUCUGAAAGAAUCGUUAAGUAGAAGCAGCAGAAGUUAAAAAGACCUUAGUAUCAAAGACCUUUAUUAUUAAAGCAUACGCUAUCCUGUAGAUAUUUAAUAGCCGUGUUACACAGAGAUGAUUGCAUCCAGAACCCUGGAUUUUGUUGGUAUGUUUUUUUUUAAUUCCCAAGGCACUAUUCAUCAUGAUAAUCCAAUUAUAUAGUUGCAAAUAAAUAAAGAACUGAGCCAUCGUGUGAGAAGACUGUGGGAUACCCACAGUUGUUCACUGCUCCUAUCGCUAUCGCCCGCUCUUUCUCGUGGGAACCAUGUGUCUGUGAUCUGUCUGGUAUUUUUAUAGUUUGUCCUUGCUCACCGCUCCUCCACCAGGCCUCUGUGUGUCACUGUUCUUCUCUUUUUAUAAGGCCGACGCAUUUUGAAAGGUGUGGAAAAGCAGAACAACGGCAGCUGCAGCUGCCCUGCGAUGUCUUCCUGCUAUCAGCCCAGAGUCUGUCUAACAACGGAGUGCGUACGUGUGUCUUAAUGCAGUAUUUUUUUUUUAAACUUGACCUCGUUAAAAGUCAUGCUUUCCCCAAAUUUGGCAGUAAUUUUUUUGCCUCUUGGUAGUCCACUAUCCAAUAAAUAAACUUCCAACUCUUCCGA